CCCGGGGAAUGCGCCGUCAAACGGUGCCGCACCUUUCCAUUUCAUACCCGGUGGCGUUCAGGCACCUCCACCUACAGAAGUCAGAAGAAAACCCAGUCCCCAAGGCCCAGCAACAUUAGGUCCAAAUGAUCCUUACAAUGCAGGGCCGGGCUUCCAAGGUCAGAUUCGACCCAACUCGAUACAUACACUUAAUAGCGGCAAUCCCCAGGAACUAGCAACAAGUGGCUACGAAUCGCCAAUAGACAACAGGCAUUCAUAUCCCUCUGCACAAGCUGCUCUGCCAAUGCAGCAAGCCCCAGCCCAAGGCUACGACCACUAUCCGCCGAGGAAUGACCGCGAUGGACUUCCGAACCGACAACGUACACAAAGCUUCGAGUCACCGUCGAGUUUGUACUCAACUCAGCAAGACGCUGGACAUCAGCAAGCACCUCCGCAACCGAGUGCGCCUCCUCCGGGAAUACCACCCAGCCCAGGUGUGCAAUCUGCGCCACAGCCACCUUAUCAGGCGUAUCAGCCAUACCAGCAGCAAUACUCACAGCACCAACCAAGAGCGCCAAGCGGUGACUCUGGGGAGGACUUUUACAGAUAGGCAAGGGGCGAGCAAAGCAGAGGUUACCAUGAAGCGGCCAAGGAUUUUGUGGAUUCCAGCGAUCUGUAUAACUGUAGCGCAGAGUACUGUACGCAAAAGCAAUGUAUGACUGUACGAAGCCCAACUAGG